UGUAUAUCAGAUCAGAUCACUGCACUUUACAAACAUAAUCACAAACUAACAGAAGAAAUAAGACACAGAUCGAUCGAGGAAUUGAAAUUAAGAGUACGUAAGGCAUAUAUGGCCUGGUUCGCCGUGACUUCACUGAUGCGAACGCUAGAGCUUGAGUUCUUACCACCUAACCCACGUGUUGUUCUUGAGGACACAAACGCAGCGGAAGCACUCCAUGGAAGGCUACGUGAGUUGCUUCACUUUCUUGAGAAAUCUGAGGAUCAAUUCAACGCUGAAGACGUGCCGACGCAAGGCUGGAAAGCAAGGCUUAAAGAUGUUGCCAUGAGAAUAGAAGAUGCAAUUGAAUCAAAAAUAAUUCAUAGUUUUAGAGGAGGGCAGUGUACGAUUCCUCUUGCUCAAAGCUCUCAUUACAUCUUCAAAUAUGCAAUUGAAGAGUUGACAAAAAAGUUUGUGAAGGAAGAUUUGCAAAUGAAAGGUAUUCUUUCAUCCAGGGAAAGGAUUGAAAGUACUAGUAGUAGUAGUUCCUCCCUUCACACAGCCUCAGAGCUUCAGAGCACAAUGGUAGGGCGCACUGCUGAAUUUGAACGUAUCAAACGGUUACUCCUUGAAGAUAAAUCUAUAGAAACACUGGUUCUAUCAAUUGUUGGCAUGGCGGGAAUAGGUAAGACAACUUUUGCUCGAAGCUUGUACCAAGACCCAUUAGUUAAAUCUCAUUUUGAUGUUCUUGCCUGGGCAACCGUGUGUACGUCUACAACAUAUGAUAGCCAUAGAAUACUUCUUGAGCUUUUGUUGUGUAUUGAGCCAGAAUGGAAGGAAUUCAUCCAUGAAAUCAACGAUGACCUACCUGACCUAGUACACAAACGGUUAGUAGGUCGGAGGUAUCUGGUUGUUCUAGAUGACAUAUGGGACAUUAACCAAUGGGAGGAAAUUAAAAGGUCAUUUCCUGAAAAUUUUAAUGAGAGUAGAAUAUUGUUGACAAGCCGACAUGAUGAAGUGGCCAUGUACGCAAGAUCUUAUAAUCAUUGCUCUCUAAACCUGCCUUUUCUAAAUUCUGAAGAAAGUUGGCUUUUAUUUCACCUAAAGGUUCAUCCUAGAUUGCACCCGCAACUCGAGGCAAUAUGGAGACACAUUGUCCAUUAUUUCAAGGGAUUGCCUUUUGCAAUUGUUAUAGCUGCUGGACUUGCACAAGCAAUCAAUGAGUCACUAUGGAUUUCCAAGGAGAUUGAGAGAAUAUUUUAUGAAAGGAUGUGUUCUGAUCUUGUUCAAGGUAUUUCAAAGAUACUUAUUUUGAGUUAUAACAACUUGCCUAACUUUUUGAAGAUUUGUUUCUUAUAUUUGGGAAUUUUUCCUGAAAGUAGCGCUAUUCCUGUGAACAAACUUAUUAAAUUAUGGGUAGCAGAAGGGUUUGUGAAGGUAGAAGGUCAAAGGAGCUUAGAAGAAGUUGCUGAGGAUUUUCUAAAAGAUCUAGUAUCUAGGAGUUUAGUUUUGAUUGACAAAAUUAGCUUAGAUGGCAAGAUUAGGACAUGUAAAGUGCAUGACAUAGUACAUGAGUUUUGUAAGAGGAAAGCAAUGGAGGAGGGCCUCUUACAUGUUGUAGAUGGACAUUUUGGUCAUUUACAUGCUUAUCCUUGGGUAAGUAUUGAAAUAAUGGACGUUUCAGGGUACAUUUCACUUAAUGAUAUCUCCAAUAGAUCUCGAUCUAUUUUAUCCUUUUGUCAUGGUGUUAAUAGGUCAAUUGGAAUUGCAAAUUUCAAGAAGUUGAGAGUAUUAGAUCUAAGUACUCUUUCUUUUAAAUGGAAUUUGCUGUUUACUAAUGGUGGUGUUGAUCUAGUUCUUUUGAGAUACCUAACUUUGAGAAUAUACUCAUCUGGCCAACUAUUGAAAAUGUGGAAGUUAAAAGAGAGUUUUAAUUUACAAACCCUUGUGCUUUUGGCAGACAAAGAAAGAAGGGUAAGUUAUACAACAAAGGUAUAUGAAAUUUGGAGGAUGCCAAUGUUGAGGCAUCUAAAAUUUAGCCCGGUGUUUAUGUUUGAUACUCCGAAUGUUGUUUUAGAGUACUUGCAGACAAUUUAUUGGUUACAACCUUCCCAAUGCACAAAGGAAGUAUUUUUGGGAAUUCGAAAUGCAAAAGUGAUGGGAAUUUUCAUGCCGAGAAGGAUGAGAAAAUUUGUACAUGUUCGCAUUUUGUCAGAUGAUGAUAAAUAUUCUUUGGCUGAAAAUGAUGAUGAAUAUUCUUUGGCUGAAAAUUGGUUGGAUGAUCUUAUAAAUUUACAGAAGCUUGAGAAACUAAAAAUUAAUAGCCAUCGUGAUGAUCCUAUUAUACUUCCACCUGCAAGUGCUUUUCCAGUACAACUCAGAAUGUUGACAUUGAAGGGAACUUUGCUGCCUUGGGAUGCUAUGGAAGAAGUUAUUGGUAUGUUGCCCAAUCUUGAGAUUCUAAAACUUAAGUUUGGAGCUUGUAAAGGACAAUAUUGGAAACUUAGUGGAGGUGGGUUUCCUAAAUUAAAAUCACUGCUCAUUCAAGGAAUAGAGUUGAAGCAGUGGACAGCUACUGACAAUGCUUUCCCUAUCCUGGAGCGACUUAUCAUUAAACAUUGUAUUCAUUUGGAGAUCCCUUCCAUAUUUGUUGAACUAUACACUUUGCAAUUAUUUGAGUUGUACGGUUGCCAAUCUUUGCUUGUUAAUUCUGCCAAACAAAUUCAGCAACAACAAGAGGAGUUAUUUGGAUAUAAUUGGCUUGUUGUUCAUGACUACAAUACUCAUCAGGUAGCAACCAUUAUUGAAGAAAAAGAACACGAGAACAGAGGACAACAAGAAUGUAAAAAGCUGAAGUACAAGGCUAGUUAUCCUGAUUCCAGCUACUAUGCAAGGCAAGUUCAAGAGGAAGAGGAUUCUAAGCUCACCAAUCUUGAGUUCCUGCAACCUCAUCCACGUCUUGUUCUUCACCAUAUAGAGGCAGAAGCAGUGGAAGCUCUCCAUCGAAGGCUUGCUCAAUUGCUAACCUUUCUUGAUAAUGAUUCUGAGAAUCAAUUGAAUGAUGAUGACGGCACGACCAAAGAGUGGAAAUCGAGAAUUAAAGAGGUUGCACUAAGAAUAGAAGACGAAAUUGAAUCAGAAAUAAUUGAUAUUUUUGGCAGAGAGGACCCGAGAUGGCGAUUCCUUCCAAGAGUUGACCACUACAAACAACCUCAAAGAUUCCUUGCAACCUUUCAAAAUGGCACCGGAGAGUUUAUGGAGUUGGUGAAGAACAAACAGCCGAUGAAAGAUGAUGAUGAUGAUAUUCCUUCGUCCAGUCAAAAGAUUGAGCAUCAUUCUGCUUGUUCAAAGCUACUUUGCAAUUGGAGCUCAACAAUGGUAGGACGUGAUGACCAAGUGAAUAUGAUUUUGGAGUUACUUGUUCAAGAUUCACGGAAAGAAAGACGGGUUGUGCCCAUUGUUGGCAUGGGAGGUAUAGGCAAGACAAAGUUUGCUCAAACAUUGUAUGAAGAUCCAUCAGUUUCAUCUCAUUUUGACGUUGUUGCUUGGACAACUGUGUCUGCACAACCUGUCAUGCGACAAAUGCUUCUUCAGCUCUUGUCUACUAUGCAAAUCUCCCACACCCAGGAAAAGGAAAUCAUCAAUAAAAGCAACGAGGAACUAGCAGACCUAUUACGUAAAUGUUUAAUGGGUCGGAGGUAUCUCAUUGUUGUGGAUGACUUGUGGAGCACAGCCUCCUGGGAUGAAAUCCAAAGGUGCUUCCCAGAAGAUAAUAAUGGAAGUCGAAUAUUGGUGACCACUCGACUUCAAGAAGUGGCCAUUUCUACAGGAGGAUCACAUAAUUAUUCGUUAAACUUGCCUUUCUUAAAUUCAGAUGAAAGUUGGGAAUUAUUUAGUGAGAGGAUUCUCAGUUAUGGAAACUUAAGCUUGCCGCCUAUGAGACUUGAAGGGAUAUGGGGACACAUUGUUGAGUAUUGUAAAGGAUUGCCGCUUGCAAUUGUCAUAGUUGCAGGGCUUGUACAAACCACCAAUGAGUCACUAUGGGAAUCUCAAUCAGAGGAGAUGGAGAAAAUAUUAUGUGCCACUGUGACCAGCAGUCUUCUUGAUAGUUUUUCAGAGAUUCUCAGGUUGAGUUACAACCAUUUACCUAAUGUCUUGAGAGUUUGUUUCUUAUAUCUGGGAGUUUUUCCUGAAGAUAGUGCAAUCCCUACAAAAAAGCUUAUUAGAUUAUGGAUAGCAGAAGGGUUUGUGAAGGUAGAAGAAGAUCAAAGGAGCUUAGAAGAAGUUGCUGAAGAUUACUUAAAGGAUCUUGUAUCUAGGAGUUUAGUUUUGGUUGACAGUUUGAGCUUAGAUGGCAAGAUUAAGUCAUGUAAGGUGCAUGACAUCGUACAUGAUUUUUGUAGGAAUGAAGCAAUUAAGGAGGGCCUCCUACAUGUUGCAAUAAGUAGAUAUUUUGAUGAACCACAUUUAUAUGUAAGGACGACUGAACGUUGGUUAAGUUUUGAAUCAAUGUAUCCUAAACUUGAUGUGCACACUGGCUUCAACAGGUAUGGUUCCCUCUUUUGCUUUCAUGAUGAUGUUGGUCAUGGUUAUCGACUUCCUGCAACCCCUCAUUUCAAGAGGUUGAGAGUACUAGAUUUAGGUUCUCUCCACUUCAUUAACGGUAUACCUUCAUAUAUUGCGGACCUCAUUCUUUUGAGAUACCUAGCUCUGCGCUCAUCCAAGUCUCUUAACAGUUUACCCGUGUUAAAGGAUUGGAAUUUACAAACUCUUGUGCUUUUAGAAAGUUGGGGUUGCAAUGACGACGACCCCAAACCUUUGAUACAUGAAAUUUGGGAGUUGCCAAAGCUGAGACAUCUCCAAGUUUGCACAACAUUUGUGUUGUGUACUCCAACUGCGGUUCAUCAAUACCUACAGACAGUUCAAUGGUUACGCCCAUUCCAAUGUACAGAGCAAGUGUUUUUAAGGAUUCCGAAUGCAAAAGUGAUGGGAAUUUUCAUGGAGGGCAGUGUGGAAUUUGGAGAGCCCAAUUGUUUGGAUAAUUUGAGUACAGCUCAAAAAGUUGAAACUGAAGGGAACUUUGCUGCCAUGGGAUGCAAUGACAGUUAUUGGUUUGAGGCACUGGGAAGCCAGUGGUGA